GGAAGAAGGUGUUCCACAUGUGAGCAUUUACCUGUGCAGCAAGUGUACCGUGAUCUUGAUAUGAAAAACGAUGUAUUUCAAAACCAUUGGAUAACAAUUGGAACGCAACAGAGAAUUAGACCAAAUCAAUCUAAUGUGUAUUAAGAUAUAUAUGUAAGACAAAACACAUUACCGAAUGAAAAACUGGCACAGGAUAACCUUUCAGCGCUGAUCAUCGAGAGAUCGGGGUUACCUGGAUAUACACCUCUACAGUUGGUUGCAGCAAGCGUCGAUUCGAGAUGCAAUUACAACAACAUUUAGUGAAAACAAAUUACUGAAAAAAUCGAGCUGAGGAUACUAAGUAUCCCAGAAUACAUAUAUUUCCACAGAUUGAGUUAUAAUUACAGAAGCUUCAAGGGCAUCCGUGUGGUCGUAAAAAACAGUUUCAACUCAUCUAUUCCUGCUGGUAUUGCGAUCAUCAUACAAAGCGAUAACGGUGAUCUGUUGGGGUUAUGUUCAGGUUGAAUUAACAUGUACAUGUGCCUAAAUAUGUAGUGUAUAAGGAGCACCAACGUGGAUUGCAGAUUUUACAAGAACGGUUGAGCUUUUGAAUACCGUUUUUAUUCGCACCCCAAAAGGAUACUUAUGGAAAAACAUAAUAGUUAGGAUAGUUCGAUUGGAAGCUGAUUGCCCAGUUUGAUUGUGUUAAGUGUGAAAUGAGAUUGAGAUUGUGCCGGAAAUAGUUUUCAGCUAGCUUGGAUAAUUUGAUUCAAUACACUUCAUAAAAACAUACAUCAAUUUAUGUCAAUAGUGAUAAUUAUCAAAUUACUUGCGGAUUCAUCAAACUCUCAUAUUUACGGAAUAUUUAUGCACUAAAGCAGUUAUUUAUACCCCUAUUUAAAAUGAUGAUGUUCUACGAAUAAAAUAAUUCGGGGAGAAAUUGAACCAAUACAGAGUGUCUGUAUUAUAUGAGAAAAUAACAAGAAUCGAAUUCCUAAUAUGAAGGACCUCGAGGACGUCCAGGAGAAGACACAGAAUGGCAGAACGAUUGCCAUUCGGUUCCCAAGGAUGGGAAAAUACGAGUUUGUUACUCCGGGAAAGUAUGAAUCUCUGUUGUACCUCGUAGUUUGCACUGGAUCGUGUUUCUUUGGCGUUUGGCACAUGCUAUCUAUAGUGUUUAUAGGAAAUGAACCAUUCCACUAUUGUAAAAUUCCUCCGAAUUCUACAAUAAACGAUACCAUACCUUGGCAAUACAAAAACGACAAAUGGAGCCUGAACCAGUGCGAACGGUUUAAUGGGACGGACAGAAACACAACGUUACCUUGCACAGAAGGAUGGCACUAUGACCCAGAGCCCGGCAAUACAAUUGUCACAGAGUGGGACCUUGUCUGCAAAGACAACUAUCUGGCGGAGACUUCCCAGGCCGUUUUCAAUGUUGGUGUGAUGGUAGGUGCCGUCGUCUUCACGUAUCUCUCUGACCGAUAUGGGCGCAAGUUCAGCUUCAUUCUCGCUGAACUCAUUAUGGUAGUCGUCGGUGUCCUUCUUGCACUGUGUACAAACUAUUACGCCUUCACCGUAAUACGUUUCCUACAAGGCGCGUGUCAACAGGGUAUCAUCUUGCCUGGCUUCAUUCUUGCCUGUGAACUGUUCGUCAGCCGCCAGAGAACUACUGCCGGAAUAGGUGUCCAGCUGUUAUGGGCCCUUGGGAUGAUGCUAAUGGCGGUGUUCGCUUACUUCAUCCGGGAUUGGCACUACUUGCAGUUGGCCUUCAGCCUCCCAGGACUGUUGUGUAUAAGUUUCAUAUGGGUAGUUCCUGAAUCAAUACCAUGGCUAGUCGCCAAUGACCGCAUAACUGAAGCAGAAGCGAUACUCCAUCAUGCUGCUGAAUUCAACGGUACCGAACUGCCUGUCCGACCUCUUCACACCCACGAUGCCCAAGAGGAGCAACUUUUACACAGUGAACAAGAGAAAACGGAGAAAAAAUCCAUCGCCCAAAGAUGUCGUAGCGGCCUACGUCAAACAGGGAGUUCCAUAAGAGAUUGUUUCAGGUGCAAGAAGCAUUCUGAAGAAGGGGUCGAGGAAGUUAAACGAUAUACCAUAGUUGAUGUCUUUCGUCAUCCUAAACUCAGAAUGUACUGCUUAAUUAUGUGCUACCUGUGGUUAGUCAGUAGCUUGGUCUACUACGGUCUGUCCCUCAGCACGUCAGCCUUGGCUGGUAACAUGUACCUCAAUUUCUUUAUUAGCGGGGCUGUUGAGGUGCCAGCAUAUAUUCUUUGUAUCAUACUACUGCAAACGUUUGGAAGGCGAUGGCCGUUAUGUAUUUUCCUGUGUACAUGCGGGGUAGCAUUGAUAGCGUGUGCCUUUACACCAGAUAAAGUAAAUGGGUACGAUUUGGGAUGGCUUUUGAUACUGCUCACGAUGAUAGGCAAGUUUGGAAUAACUGGUUCAUUUGGAACUGUGUUUCUUUAUGCUCCUGAAUUAUACCCGACCAAUAUACGAAAUUCUGGAAUGGGUGUGGCCUCAGUUGCAGCACGUAUAGGGGGUAUUCUUGCCCCAUACUCAGCAUACGUGAUGAAGUUCCUCCCAUGGUUUCCACCUACUUUAUUUGGCGUAAUGUCGAUUGUUGCGGGCCUGCUGACCCUUCUUCUCCCAGAGACUCUCAACAGACCACUCCCACAAAGCAUUGAGGAGGUCGAAAAUUGGAAACGCACAGUAAAUGUAUAAGAACAGACCAGCACUAACAAGAAAUUGCCAAUGAAUGCAACUUGAGCUCACAUGACAUUUAAAAAUGUCAAAAUCAAGUUAAGAGCAAGUCACACUAAAUUACAACAGACAAUUAGUGUGAAAAUAGGUGCAGAUAGAACAUCAUAAUGUGUAUCUUAUGAUCAAAACCGAACCCAUUUUUUCCAUUCUAAUGUUACCCUACUACUACCACUACCAUUUGGCUAAUAUCCCCCAUAUCUUAAUAGUCCUACCAAGUUGAAUUAUUUUAUUUACUAGCAUAUAUCGUAAUGCAUGUAAUUACAUGUUGUAUUAUACAGGAUCAAUAUUGAAUAAACAUUUAUUUAUUAAAAUUAAUAAUCAAAUAGUGUGUCAGAAUUUUCAAAUUCCAAGGUUAAAGUCAAUGCAGCUAAUUAAUCUGUACACGGCGUAUGUUCACAUUGGGAUUAGUAGGGAUAUUACAAUCACAGCGUGUAGUCUAGCAACAAGCUCUCCUCCCAGUA